AUGUCACAAGGAUCCGCACCGAGUACCGAUGAGACCCCCGCACGUCCCCGAUAUGAAACUGGGGCGCACCUUCUCAUGUGUCCCCUCACAUGCCCCCCGAGAAAGGAUGAUAAUUUUAUCAAUGUGGUUUCGGAGUACCGUAGUGAGAUUGACAAGUACCUCGAUAGUGCAACUCCGUUCCAAGACGAACUUCGAACUGUUGUCCUGUAUUCCAGCGGGGUGACAGGAAAGACUACUCUUGCCGUUCACUACGCAGUGACGAGAUCCUUCCUCAUCGGAACCAGAUUUAUACUUUGGGUUGACUGUGGCGAUAUCGUUUCACUGAAGAGAAGCUUCAGUGAUAUAGCCGCGAGGCUCCAGCUCCCUGGCUACGAUUCUCGAGAUCAUGAUACGAAUCGGGACCUGGUAUUAGACUACCUGCAAGACACCAGUGGGUAUUCUGCAUCAUUUUCCAACGGCCUACUCUUACAUUCACUCUAG